AUGCAAGAUACACGUCCUACACCAGAUACACGUCCUACACCAGAUACACGACUUACACCAGAUACACGUCCUUUACCAGAUACACGUCCUACACCAGAUACACAUACACGUCCUACACCAGAUACACGUCCUUUACCAGAUACACGUCCUACACCAGAUACACGAUACACGUCCUACACCAGAUACACGUCCUUUACCAGAUACACGUCCUUUACCAGAUACAAGUCCUUUACCAGAUACACGUCCUACACCAGAUACACGUCCUUUACCAAAUACACGUCCUACACCAGAUACACGUCCUUUACCAGAUACAAGUCCUACACCAGAUACACGUCCUACACCAGAUACACGUCCUACACCAGAUACACGUCCUUUACCAGAUACACGUCCUACACCAGAUACACGUCCUACACCAGAUACACGUCCUACACCAGAUACACGUCCUUUACCAGAUACACGUCCUACACCAGAUACACGUCCUACACCAGAUACACGUCCUACACAAGAUACACGUCCUUUACCAGAUACACGUCCUACACCAGAUACACGUCCUACACCAAAUACACGUCCUACACCAGAUACACGUCCUUUACCAGAUACACGUCCUUUACCAGAUACACGUCCUACACCAGAUACACGUCCUUUACCAGAUACACGUCCUACACCAGAUACACGUUCUUUACCAGAUACACGUCCUGUACCAGAUACACGUCCUACACCAGAUACACGUCCUACACCAGAUACACGUCCUACACCAGAUACACGUCCUAUACCAGAUACACGUCCUAUACCAGAUACACGUCCUACACCAGAUACACGUCCUACACCAGAUACACAUACACGUCCUACACCAGAUACACGUCCUACACCAGAUACACGUCCUACACCAGAUACACGUCCUACACCAGAUACACGUCCUACACCAGAUACACGUCCUACACCAGAUACACGUCCUACACCAGAUACACAUCCUACACCAGAUACACGUCCUACACCAGAUACACGUCCUUUACCAGAUACACGUCCUACACCAGAUACACGUCCUACACCAGAUACACGUCCUUUACCAGAUACACGUCCUACACCAGAUACACGUCCUACACCAGAUACACGUCCUUUACCAAAUACACGUCCUACACCAGAUAA